CGAACUGUCAGGUCGGUCGUUAUGGCAACCUGCGCAACCAACACAAAACAGGUCGUCGCACACAACGGGGCUUUCUUUCACGGUUUUGGUCGGUUCGCUGCGCGUCGGUGGCUGUUUUUGGAGGGUUAACAUUGUGAGGUAAAAGGAAUAAAAUCCGUGAAAAAAGUGAUUUGCCUGUUUGCGAGUGGCUUCGCCACCGAUUGGUUAAGAUUUGUAAGUGCAAGCACAUUGGCAAAAUGUUUAUUUAUCUGAGCAAAAAGAUUGCAAUCCCGAACAACACGCGGUUGAACUGUAUCGCUUGGAACAAGGACCAGGGGUACGUGGCGGUCGGCGGCGAGGAUGGGCUGCUGAAGGUGCUGAAGCUGGAGCAGGCCAGCAGUACGGCGGUGUCGGCCCAGCCGGGCAAAGCGCUGCAGGCGAGCAACCUGUCCAUGAACCAAACGCUGGAGGGCCACAAAUCGGCCAUCCAGGUGGUAACGUGGAACGAGUCGCAGCAGAAGCUCACCUCCUCCGACAAGGAUGGCGUCAUCAUGGUGUGGAUGCUGUACAAGGGCUCCUGGUACGAGGAAAUGACGAACGAUCGGAAGAAGAGCACCGUCAGGGGGAUGGCGUGGACGGGCGAUGGGCAGAAGAUCUGCAUCGUGUACGAGGACGGCACCGUCAUCGUUGGCUCGGUCGACGGCAACCGCAUCUGGGGCAAGGAGCUGAAGAGCGUAUCGCUGACCGGGGUGCAGUGGAGCCCGGACGGGCGGCUGCUGCUGUUCAGCAUCAAGAACGGCGAGGUGCACCUGUACGACAACCAGGGCAUCUUCGUGAUGAAGCUGCACGUGCAGUGCGUGUAUCUGACGCCGGCGAAAAGUGUGACGGUGGUGGGGCUGUGCUGGUUCCACCGGGGCACCUCGCCGAGCCGGCCGGUGCUGGCGAUAUGCUACGAGAACGGGCGCAUGCAGCUGAUGCGCAACGAGAAUGACGAUGCGCCGGUGGUGGUGGACACGGGCCUGCAGGCGAUCUCGUGCAUGUGGAACCACGACGGUACGAUACUGGCGGUGUGCGGCAUGAAGACGAACCUGGCCAGCGAUAAGGAUAGCAGCCAGGUGAUGUUCUACACGCCGUACGGUGUGCACAUUCGGACGCUGAAAAUUCCGGGCAAAGAAAUCACCUCCCUCUCCUGGGAGGGCAAAUCGCUGCGCAUCGCGCUGUCGGUGGAUUCGUUCAUCUACUUCGCGAACAUCCGGCCGGACUACAAUUGGUGCUACUUCAACCGUACCGUUUGCUACCAGGAAGCGAUAGCGAGCGGCGGCGGCGGUGGCGACGAGGUCGACACGGUUACCUUUUGGGACACCAACUCGAACCAGUGCUACGCGAAGCAGAUCGAUGCGCUGAUGUCGAUGGCGGCGUCGGUCGACCACUGCGUGCUGGCGGUGGAAACGCGCAUGACCGGGAAGGAGUUUAGCAUUGUGGCCGAAGGCAAGGGCAAGGAGCUGAUGUACCAGCUGCUGGUGUGCAACUCGAUCAGCACGACGGUGGAUUCGAAAUACAUCGACAUACGACCCGAGUUUAUAACGAUGAACUCAUCGCACGUGAUUGUGGCCUCGAAGGAUCAUUUUCUGCUCUGGCAUUAUCAUACACCAAAGGGUGCCUCAACGCUGCACGCUAACCUGAAGCUGAAGCGCGACCGAAAGUACCACAUCGACGAUACGCCCGCCCUGGAGGUGCUGAAUGAUCUCGACGCCAAAACGGCGAACGAAAUCCCGCCCAAGCUCGACCCGAGCCAGGAUCCGAUCUGUUGCGUCGCCUGCUCGGAGAACCUGCUGCUCGUUGGGCGCGAAAGUGGUCUCAUCCACGAGUACACGCUGCCCCACCUCGUGCUGCGCAAUCGGCACUACCUGCAGGCACGCAGCUACAAGCUGGCGAUCAACAGCAACUCGACCCGUGCCGCGAUGAUCGAUUGCAACGGCGUGCUCACGACGCUAACGCUGCGCGACGAUACGAGCGAGUCGGAACCGGCCUCCUCGACCGCGCACAUCGAGCGGAAGGACGUGUGGGCAAUCUGCUGGGCCCGGGACAACCCGCAGCUGCUGGCGAUCAUGGAGAAGACGCGCAUGUACAUACUGCGCGGUGCCGACCCGGAGGAACCGAUCACCUGCUCCGGCUACAUCUGUAACUUCGAGGAGCUCGAGAUUACGGGCGUCCUGCUGGACGACAUUGUGAAGGGUGGCGCGACACCGAACGUGAAGGAGCAUCUGCUGCAGCUGCGGGUGAAGUCGCUCCGCGACACCGAGGACCUGCUCGCGCACGUCGGCAUCGCCGAGGCGAAACAAUUCAUCGAGGACAAUGCGCACCCGCGGCUGUGGCGGCUGCUGGCCGAAGCGUCGCUCAAAAAGCUCGAUCUCGAGACGGCCGAGGCGGCGUUCGUCCGGUGCAGCAACUAUCCCGGCCUGCAGCUGAUCAAGCGGCUGAAAACGAUCCAGCUCGAGGCGCUGCAGCGGGCCGAGAUAGCCGCUUUCUUCGGCGAGUUUGACGAGGCGGAAAAGCUGUACAUGGACGUGGACCGGCGGGACUGCGCGAUACGGCUGCGCCAGACGCUGUGCGAUUGGUUUCGCACGGUCCAGCUGUACCGGCUCGGGCCCGGCAUCUCGGACCAGCAGAUGGAGAGCGCGUGGCGCGAGAUCGGCCACCACUACAUGAGCAUGCGGGCGUGGGACAGCGCGAAGGAGUACUACGAGCGGGCGCACCACACGGAGGGCCUGAUGGAUGCGCUGUACGCGCUCGAGCAGUACGACGAGCUGGUCGGGUGCAUGCACCGGCUGCCGGAGAAGAGCCCGCAGCUGGCGAAGCUCGGCCAGCAGCUCGCGACGGUCGGGAUGUGCGAGCAGUCGGUGGCCGCCUACCUGAAGCUCGGUGAUGUGAAGUCGGCCGUGUCGACGUGCAUCGCCCUACGCCAGUGGGGGCUCGCGGUCGAGCUGGCCCAGAAGUACCGGAUGCCGCAGAUCAACACGCUGCUCAGCAAGCACGCGGCACAGCUGCUGCAGGAGGGCAAGCUGCCGGAAGCGAUCGAGCUGCAGCGCAAGGCGGGCCGGUACCUGGACGCGGCCCGGCUGCUGGUGAAGAUGGCCGAGGCAGAGGCGGACAAGCGUUCGGACUACGUGCGCAUUAAGCAGCUGUACGUGCUGUCCGGGCUGCUGGCGGAGGAACACAUCGAGAAGCAGCUGGCGGUGCAGGCGGCCGGCAGUAGAGCGGUCGUGCUCGCGCAGCUCAGCCCCGAAGAUGCCGUGCUGAUCGAGCAGAUUUGGCACCAGGCGGAGGCGUACCACUACAUGCUGCUGGCACAGCGCCAGUUAAGGUCGGGCCUGCUGCACAGUGCCGUGGUGACGGCGCUCCGGCUGCGCGACUACGAGGACGUGCUGGAGGUGGAGGCGCUGUACGCGCUGCUCGCCCUUGCCAGCUGUGCCGACCGGUCGUUCGGCACCUGCUCGAAAGCGUUCAUCAAGCUGGAAUCGCUCGAAACGCUCACGGAGGCACGCCGGCAGCAGUACGAGGAGCUGGCGAUCGAAAUCUUCUCCCGGUACGACCCGCUGGACGGGAAGGCGAAGCACAUCAGCUGCUUCACCUGCGAGACACCGGUCGCCGACUGCAGCACGCUCUGCCCGAGCUGCGGCAGCCGGUUUCCGCCGUGCGUGGCGUCCGGCCAGUCACUGACCAAUCCGACCGGGGCGUGGCAGUGCACCGGGUGCUACCAUCUGGCCAGCCCGCUCGAGAUCGGUACCCGCAAGACCUGCCCGCUCUGUCAUCGUGUCAUAGCACCGGCAAAGGGCGCUAUCGAGAUCUGAGAAGCAUCUAGCAGUGUGGUUGUGUCUGAGAUCUUUCGGUGUGUAUUUGGUAGAUCCAGGCGUCCAGGAAAUGCACAGAACAAACCCCCUCUCCCUGCACAGCUGUAACACCGUGUGAAACAGAAACAAAUAGAUCAUAUCAUGAUGUACCGGUUCACGUAGCUGCUGUAGAACGUGCUCUGGUCCUGGGCGGUCGCGAAAUCGAUCCGAAACUUUUGCCCCUCGAACAGGAAGUUGAGGCGCUGCAGCGCACGCUUACUCUUGCGCAGGCGCAUCUGUGCCCCGCGGCCCUGAAACCGAUCGACGAACAGAACGCGCACAAACCGUUCCUCCUGCUGGUCGUGCUCGGCCACGUCCUGCACCUUCACGCAGAUGGCGGCCCUUUCGCACAGGAACAGCCGGCACGGACCGGCAUCGGCCGGGUUCGGUGGGUUCGACACCGCGACACGCUCGUUGUAGCAGACAAAGCCGCAGCCCGCCGCCUGCUCGUCGAUCAGGAACAGCUCGUAGUUGAGCGUCAGAUUGUUGCGGUACGUGUUCAGAUGCACCAGCACGUACGCGAGCCGCUGGAAGAGUUCCGUGUCGAUCGGGAUGUUGAGCGUACUGUUUUCCGAGUAUUUCACAAUCAGCACGUUGAAGUAGCGGCUGUACUCUUGGAGAUGCUCGAUGCAGAGGAAUGUGAACUGCUUGACCGUGGGCGCGACCCGGUUGUUAAAGUUCUGCCAGGAAGAAGAUGCACGAAAGGUUAGCAAGCGGUUUCCUCCUUUAGGGUGCAGCACAGAUGCUUACCGAAGGUGUUUGGCAGUGUUGUAUCAGUUUCGUAGCCUUCCGGAACUCACGGAGGUAGUCGAAGUAGGGAUCGAACACAUCAGUCUGUAAGACGAAGCAUUCCUGCUCAGAUGCCGCCAAGGUAAGUCAGUGUGAGAUCAUUGUAACGUACCUUUAAGUAUCGGUCAAAACACUGACAUAUCCGGUCGGGAUCCAUCAGCGGUUGGGAAAGGUCUUGCAGGAUCCGGCGAUGUAGCUCCAUGAUGGCUUCGAACGCCCCGAUAAACGUUGUUAGCUUCGUCUUUACCUCCAUGCUGAGUGUGUCUAGGUAGAAGCUGCGGUUUGCCUUCAACACCUCCAGGAACUGCUGUUGCGCAUCGACCAGGGAUGUGGUUAGCUUCUGUUCGUCCCUGGAAGUUGAAUGAAGAUUUGAAUGAAUUACUAAAAGUAUCA